AUGGUCGUCCGUCUUUCUCUGGCUGUUACCCUUGCGGCGCUUUCUGUGACUGCGGUCCAGACGAAGUCCCACAGAGACAUUCCCGACACCUUCUCGAGCAUAGCCUCCUGCGUCGAUGAACCUUCAACCUUCUCCUGUGAGAACACAGCGCCGAUCAAUAACACAUGCUGUUCACCGACGCCAGGAGGAUUGGUCUUGCAAACGCAGUUCUGGAGUACGUGGACCGGCUUAGAGCGAACAGGACAGUUGCUCCCCGAGAAAAGCUGGACAAUCCAUGGCUUGUGGCCGGAUAACUGUGACGGAUCAUUCGAGCAGUAUUGCGAUCUAUCAAGACAAUUUGAUCCAACUCCUUCUCCUGCCAUUUUGCCAGAUGGAACAGUUGUGCCCGCAUGGAAAGGUCCAGGGAUCGACACUUUCGUUUCCCAGUUCGGACGGCAAGAUCUACUUGAUUUCAUGCAGAAAUACUGGAUCAACCAAGGUGCGCCUAACGUCGACUUCUGGGGUCACGAGUUUUCCAAGCACGCAACCUGCACUUCUACUUUUGAUGUGGCUUGCUACCAAUCAUACAAAAAGCAUCAAGAUGUUGUAAACUUCUUUGAUGCCGUUGUGCGGGCCUUCCACAGAUACCCUACUUUUAGCAUGCUUGCCUCCGCUGGAAUUGUACCCUCGAAUCAAACCGCUUACAGCCUCGACAGUAUCCAGAAGGCUCUAGUGUCACAGACCGGCGCCAUACCCUUCCUUGGAUGUCAGGCUAACGGCACUGUUCUGACGGAGGUUUGGUACUUCAGUCACGUUCUCGGAACGGAACAAUUUGGAACGUACAAGAACGUUAAUUCAACGACUAAUUCUACCUGUUCUAAGACUGCCGGAAUCUGGUACUACGAGCGAACUAAGUCAUCUGAACGUGAGGUCCGAGCGUAA